CCAAUGCUGAAGCAGGAGCCCGCUGCUAGGCACUCCAACGGGCACCGACCAUGGGCUUUGAACUGGAUCGCUUCAAUGGGGAGGUGGACCCCGACUUCAAAUGCAACUUGUGCAACAGAGUGCUGGAGGACCCCCUGACCACCCCUUGCGGGCACGUCUUCUGCGCUGGCUGCGUCUUGCCUUGGGUGGUGCAACAGGGCAGCUGCCCAGUUAAAUGCCAACGGAUCUCUGCCAAGGAGCUCAACCAUGUGCUGCCCCUCAAAAGCCUCAUCCUUAAGUUGGAUAUCAAGUGUGACAACUACUCCAGGGGCUGCGACAAAGUGGUGAAGCUGCAGAGCCUGGCCGAGCAUGCUGAGAUGUGCGACUUCUCACCGGCCAAGUGUAGGAACAAGGGCUGCAGCGAGGUGCUCAAUCUGCGGGAUAUGGAUGCACACAUGCGGGAACACUGCGACUAUAGGGCGGCUGGGAUCUGCCAAAAGGGCUGCGGGCUCAUGAUCACCCACAGGGAGCACAGGCUGGGGGAGCACUGCUGCCUGAAAGCUCUCAAGGGGCUCAACAGCGUCCUGCAGAGCAAGAUCUCCGGGCUGGAGACUGAGCUCAAGAAGAGGGCGCUGAGGUCCGGCAAGAGGGAAAAGUCACUGUUGUCGCAACUGUCAGCCGUGCAGAAUGAACUGCAGAUGACAGCUCUGCGCUACCAGAAGAAGUUCACAGAGUAUAGCACCCGCCUGGACUCCCUGACCAAAGCUGUGGCUUCGCCAGGCAAGGAUAAUCAAGAUGGACCAUCCAGCGAAGGGAUAUAUGUUUCUAAAAUAGUUGAUAGUGGCCCGGCGGGUAAGGAAGGGGGACUUCAGAUCCAUGACAGGAUUAUUGAGGUUAAUGGGAAAGACCUGUCCAGAGCCACACAUGACCAGGCAGUAGAAGCAUUUAAAACAGCAAAAGAACCGAUUGUAGUGCAGGUCCUGAGACGAACUCCUCGCACCAAUGUGUUCAACACUCCAACUGAUGUGCAGCUCAUGGAUAUGGGAACCCAGACGGAAAUAACCUUUGAGCACAUAGCAGCGCUGGCCAAGAUUAGCUCUCCUUCCCCAUCAGUGGCAAGAUUGGACCCAUAUCUCUUAACGGAGGAGCAUUCUCCAGCACAUGACUAUUUUGACCCCAAUGACUUCAUGGGAGGUCUACAUCCGGAAAUGGAUAGAGAUGAACUCGAGCUGGAGGAAAUAGACCUUUACAGAAUGAAUAGCCAGGACAAGCUGGGCCUUACUGUGUGCUACCGGACAGAUGAUGAGGAAGAUACUGGAAUUUAUGUUAGCGAGAUUGAUCCCAACAGUAUCGCAGCCAAGGACGGACGAAUUCGAGAGGGAGAUCGGAUCAUACAGAUUAAUGGUAUUGAUGUGAAUAACUAUGAAGAAGCAGUAAACCUCCUGACGAGUGAAGACACCAAAAAUGUUUUCCUUUUGGUGGCACGGCCAGAAUUGCAGCUGGAUGAAGGAUGGAUGGACGAUGACAGAAAUGAUUUUCUCGAUGAUUUACACAUGGAUAUGUUAGAGGAACAGCAUCACCAGGCAAUGCAAUUUACUGCCAGCAUGCUCCAGCAGAAAAAACUUGAGGAAGAUGGUGGAACCACGGAUACUGCAACGCUAUUAUCGAAUCAUCUUGAGAAAGACAGUGGUAUUGGCCGCACUGAUGAGAGCACUCGAAAUGAUGAAAGUUCAGAGCAGGAGAAUCUUGCCGAUGACCAUACGACUCUAGGAAGCCAUAAGAAGCUUAUGUACAGCCAGGAUACCCUGGGCAGUGGUGAUAUGCAAUUCAGCAAUGAGUCUUUCAUAUCAGCAGACUGCACUGAUGCUGAUUUUCUGGGGAUCCCUAUGGAUGAGUGCGAGAGGUUCAGGGAGCUUUUAGAACUAAAAUGUCAAGUGCAGAGCUCCAACCAGCAAAGUCGCUAUUACCAGAGCAGUACAAUGGAGACCAACAGGAGUGACCAAGAAAGUGUAGACAGAGAGUUAGAGAUGUUGAAUGAAGAGCUGCACAGCAUUGAACUCGAAUGUUUAAACAUUGUCCGUGCCCACAAAAUGCAGCAGCUGAAAGACCAGUACAGAGAUAGUUGGAUGUUGCACAACAGCGGUUUCCACAAUUACAACACAAGCAUUGAUGUGCGCCGACAUGAGCUGUCGGACAUCACAGAACUGCCAGAGAAGUCAGACAAGGAUAGCUCAAGUGCCUAUAACACUGGGGAAAGCUGCCGUAGCACCCCAUUAACUUUAGAAAUUUCCCCUGACAACUCAUUGCGUAGGAUGGCAGAUAUCAUUAACUCCCCUAAUGCUGAAGGUGCAGUGGGCAAUGCCGCAUGCAGUGCUCCACAGAAAACUGCACAAAGCAACGGAGAUAGUCGUGAAUCCAGUCCUGCCAGGUACCAUCUCCCUCCGAAGGAUACAGAUUCAAGUCAACAAACAGAGACAAAGGAAAGAAAGACCAGUGACACUGAUAAAAAUCACAUUUCUCAGGACAAAGUGUCUGGCAGUUAUGCCCCACCAUAUCGGCACUCUCCAUACAAACAUGCUCACAUACCCGCCCAUGCACAGCACUAUCAGAGUUACAUGCAGCUGAUCCAGCAAAAAUCAGCUGUGGAAUAUGCACAGAGUCAGAUGAGUUUGGUCAGCAUGUGCAAAGACCUCUCCAACUCAAUGGAACCCAGAAUGGAAUGGAAGGUGAAGGUGCGCAGCGAUGGGUCCCGAUACAUCACCAAGCGCCCAGUCAGGGAUAAACUGUUAAAAGAACGUGCCAUAAAGAUAAAGGAAGAGAGAAGUGGAAUGACGACAGACGAUGAUGCCAUCAGUGAGAUGAAAAUGGGGCGUUACUGGAGCAAGGAGGAACGGAAGCAGCAUGUACGCAGAGCUAACGAACAGAAGAGGAGACGAGAGUACAUGAUGCAGAGCAGGUUGGAUUGUUUGAAGGAAAAGCAAAGCACAGAAGACAACAAAGAAGUCAGCAUUAUUGACCUCAGCCACAAAAAGAUGAUGAAGAAAAGAAAUAAAAAGGUUUUCGACAACUGGAUGACAAUCCAAGAACUCUUGACUCACGGCACCAAGUCGCCCGAUGGGACCCGAGUCUACAACUCUCUCCUGUCGGUGACGACUGUAUAAUUUCAGAGAUCAGACAUUUCUGUAAAUAACAAAACUACCGAUGAGGUAGAAUUCCCCGCCUCGUUCAAUGUGGCAAGGUUUUUUUUUGUUUUUCUGUUUACUUUUUUUUUUUUUUUUUGUAAAUAUAAGGUAAUUGCCAUCACUGUGUUAAUAGUUUGCCUUUUAUAAAAAUGUUAUCAUGCUACAUCUAAUGGGUGCCAAAACUGUGUACUACCUUCAGAGCUACAGGGGGAAGAGACGUAUUGCAGUGCAACAUAUUGGGGGUGCAGUGGGGAAUUAUACAGAGCUGUCUGUUUGUUUGGUUGGGAAGCAGUGGUGAUGAACCAAUGAGACCACUUAAAAUGUUAAUUACUAAUUCACUGUUGAUAAGAUACAGAUUGUAUAUUGGAGCAGUCCAAAAAUCACAGGACCCCAGAACUGUCCUUUAGAAGAAGGAACUGCUGAAGGGUAUGAUAGCACUUUCCAACUGUUGUCAACUUCCUGCCAAAGGCAAAAAAUGGUGACUAUACCCUGUGUACUUCCUGUUCUGACAUGAUACUUCCUGUUAUGAGAUUCUACUUCCUGUUAUAACAAAGAGCACUCUGCCACUUCUCACAGACAACAACUAAAACACAGAACCCCUCUGUCUGGCCCUCCUUUCUACUGGGGUUCAUUAGAUAUGGGCCUCCUGCUCCGUAUUCUGAACUUCUUUGCACUGUCCUGCCCCAAGGGGCAGAUUACAUAAUGUUGUUAUAUCAACAAAUAUCUUUGUUGACGUCCUUUAAGGGAAGAGACACAUGCUCAGAUUCGGGGAGAUUAGUCUCCCAGCGACAAAUAUCCUCUUCUUCCCAUACCUCCCAACUGUCCCUUUUUCUGAGGGACAGUCCCUCUUUUGACAGCUCAGCCCGCAGUCCCUCAUUUGUACUGGAAAGUCCCUCUUUUCUCUGCACUGAACAGCCAGAAAAAGAAACAAAGUUUCUCACUUAAUUGGCUUUUAGCAGAGAGCCCAGAACAGCUAACAGGUGCAAAUAAGAUACUUUGUAACAGUUUUGAGACACAAAAACACAGUUUAGAUAAGGAGAAAUAUUUUCAAACUUUCAUAACCUGCCAAAUUUUGUAAAACAAACAUGGUAAUUAGGGGGUGUGGCCACAGAAAGGGGUGUGGUCAAAAAAUUGCUGCGCUACAUGCGGGAAAAAAAUUUUUGUCCCUCUUUUUACUUCCAAAAUGUUGGGAGGUAUGUUCAGGGUGACUAAUCUCCCCGAACUGCCUCCCACCGGCUAGAAUGUAAAUCGGGAUGGCAAUCGGUGCGCUUUGUUUUCCGUUGUGGCCUGAAGUUGCCUCACGAGGAAACUUUGGGCAACUUCGGAAAAUUAAGUGUUCCAAGUGCCAACCCUCUGGUGGUUUAGAUUCUAGCCGGCCGGAGGCAGUUCGGUGAGAAUACCCGCCCCGAAGAAGAGGCGUUUUAUUUCCGGGCGACUAAAUCUCCCCGAAUCUGAGCGUGUGUCUCUGCCCUUAAGCCUGUUUAAGCCCAGGCCACUCCUCCUACUAAAGACACCUGUAAACACCCACAAUGCAGAAGGGUCUCUGCUUAUUAUGAAAACUCAGCUGGUACCUAUUUUCCCUGCAGAUAUUAAAUACGUGAAUGCCAAAUAGUCCUAAUUACACAUGUACUAUCUUUAAACCAUAUUCAUAAACAACACACAAGCUUUUUUUCCUCCUUUUUGCCUAAAAAAAACACAAGAGCAACUGGCAAUAUGAAAAUGAUAUUUUAUAAGACUGUAUUUUGUAUUUUGCUGUUGUGUCCUUUUAUAUUAUAUCUGCCUUCCUAUUUAUCCAUAUUUACAAUAACAGCAUCUCUCGUGCAAGUGUAUGUCAGCGGCCGUUACCCUGCCUCCAGCCUACUCAUCACUUGUGGAAGAGUUCCUAUUUUAUAUGAAGAGAAUGUUAUUCAAUGUUAAGCUUUAACAGGUUCGAUAAAGAGGUUUCAUUUCCUCGCCCUGUGCUUUAUGUUCAGGGCUUAAAAUAAAUGUGCUGUAAGCACGGCGCCUCCUUUUUAACACUUAGCUUUCAUUAUUUCUUUGUACUGAAAUUUAUAAAAAA